UGACUUUCCUCCCCCCGUGUGUCUAAUAGGCAUGUGCAGUGUGCCGGCUUGUCCUGGGGAAGAUGGCGGCUCGCUGUUCGUCGCGUUGGUUCUUGGUCGCAGUGUCUGGAGCUCGGGGCCACAUCCUUCCCGGUGUCCAUCGGGGGCCCAGGGCUGAGGCAGCUUUGGUAUUGGCCUUGCGGGCGGCCCGUGGCCCAGCUGCAGUCCUGUGUGAGCGCCUUUCCCAGUUCCAUACCACCUCUUCCUCAUACAACAAGACAGACUUUUACCAGGUACUGGGGGUUCCGAGGAACGCAAGCCAGAAAGAAAUAAAGAAGGCCUAUUACCAGUUGGCCAAAAAGUACCAUCCAGACACUAAUAAGGAGGAUCCGCAGGCUAAAGAAAAGUUCUCUCAGCUGGCAGAAGCAUACGAGGUCCUGAGUGACGAGGUCAAACGCAAGCAGUAUGACACCUAUGGAACUGCAGACUUUGCUGCCGGGGCAGGAGGCGGAGGAGGUCAGCAACGCUGGAGAGGAGGUCCUACUGUCGAUCCAGAGGAACUCUUCCGGAAGAUCUUUGGGGAAUUCUCUGGCUCCCCGUUUGGAGAUUUAGGUAGCAUAUUUGAGCAGCCACAAGAGUACAUCAUGGACCUCACGUUCAUUCAGGCGGCUAAGGGAGUGAACAAGGAGAUCUCUGUAAACAUUACAGACACGUGCCACAGGUGUGAUGGGAAAGGAAAUGAGCCUGGCACCAAACUGCAGCACUGCCAUUACUGUAAUGGAACUGGGAUGGAAACUAUCAACACUGGCCCCUUUGUGAUGCGCUCGACUUGCCGGCGCUGUGGUGGGAAGGGUUCUACCAUGACCAACCCUUGCCUGUCAUGCAGGGGCUCUGGCCAAACAAAGCAGAAGAAAACUGUUACUGUGCCUGUACCUGCAGGUGUGGAAAAUGGGCAGACGGUUCGGAUGCCAGUGGGAAAGAAAGAGAUUUUUAUUACAUUUCGGGUGCAGAAAAGUCCAGUCUUUAGAAGAGAUGGGGCAGAUAUUCACUCGGACCUGUUUAUUUCCGUUGCUCAAGCUGUUCUGGGGGGUUCUGCCCGUGCACAAGGACUAUAUGAACCCAUCAAUGUCCCUAUCCCUGCCGGCACACAAGCAGACCAGAGGAUUCGGAUUGGUGGAAAAGGUAUUGCUCGUAUGAGCAGUUAUGGCUUUGGAGAUCAUUAUAUCCACGUCAAGGUCAAAGUACCCAGGCAUCUGACUGACAGGCAACGAAUGCUAAUGCUUAGCUUUGCAGAGGAUGAGACAGAUGUAGAAGGAACAGUAAAUGGCAUCACUAACACAACAACAGGAAAGCGAUCAACAGGAAACUAGUUAUUGCAGAGCUUACCUGUCUGUGAAGAAGGAGCAAAGAUAUGGACUCUUUACCACUAUCCCAUGAAGCUCGGCACCCUACAAAAUAAGAAUAAAUAUUUCCCAGGCAGCCAGAAGAAACCACAAUCGGUUGCGCCUCGCUCAGGCACAGCAGGUUAUCUGGGGACUGAAGGUUGAAUGAAGGAGGCACCUGCCACGCAGACCACCUAUUCCAUUCUUGUUCUUGUAACAAUCUUAACAAAAAAAAGUCUUGUAGAUUCUUAUGUUGUCAAGUUCUCUCUCCUCUGUUCUUAUUGGAUAUAAAUGAUACCCCAUUUGGGUAAGUUCUGUCCCAUUUUUUUAAAACCUCACACGAGUUCCCUUUAAAAAGGAAGACUUGCAGUGCCAUGCUGUAUGCCCUCUGUCACCCACUGAAUGUAGAUUUAAACAUCGCCUACCUAGAAAACAAGUGUAUUCAUGAUGUGUUUAAAACCUGUGGGGUAACUAUACCUGGGAAUUCAGUUCUCUGAAUGGAGGCUCUAUAGGAAAAAUGGGAUCUGGAUUGUGGCUUAGGGGAAAUCUCAACAUGGACAGAAUACAUAUAUGUAGGCAGAAGGUCUCAGUCUAUUGCUUUUUUUUUUUUUUUACUCCCGUAUUCAUUGUGUGGUCACAAAUCUCAACCAUAAGUGAUACUGGCAUUUCACUGUUAGCCACCCAAAAUUCCUGGCCUGACUUAAAGGAGAAUGAAAGCUAAAAAAAAAAAUAACUAAAGUUGUUUGAUAAGGCUGUUAGAA